CACCAAUGUAGAGGGUACUGAAUGUUGUGCUUGUGAAAAACAUAGGACGUUCCUGCAGACAUUGAAAAAAACAAACUUACAACCACCGAUGGUAAAUAAUGAUUCAGACACGUAUAUACUUUCUAUUCUAGCCAUGUUUAGUUUAAGAAUUGCACUCGAUAAAAGGUUAUUUUAUGAAAAUCACAGAAAGACGCAAAAUACAUCUUUGAUCCGAGCUAGAAAAUUAGUUCUCACUCCCAACUAGAUUGAGCAAUAUUUUAUUAAACUUACAGAAAUGAAUCUAUAUUUAUGUCUCUCAAAAUUUAUUGGGAUUUUUUAGGAAAUACCCGAUUCGCUGAGCGAUAAUUUGAGGUAACAUUUUAGCAACAAACACAUUUUGCUCAGCAGCCAUUAAAAUGCAGAAUACUGUUCCCGCAGAGGUCCGACAGCGAGUGACUAAAACGCGGAGGCGCUUCUAAAUUAUUCAAUCUCGUUCUAGACUCGAAUCGUAUCAGUCAUCCUAAAUAAAACGCAACCAUUAACAUGUCUAACGAUACGAAAGUUAAGAAGGCACCGGCCAAGCCAGCCGAGCACCCAAAGUACGCCGACAUGAUCAAGACAGCUAUCGGUGCACUGAAGGAACGCAACGGAUCUUCCCGCCAGGCCAUCGUGAAAUACAUCAAGGCCAACUACAAGGUUCAAGAUAACGCCGAUGUCCACGUCAAACUUGCACUCAAGCGCAUGAGCUUGGCAGGGAGUUUGAUUCAUACAAAGGGUGUAGGCGCUUCAGGCUCAUUCAAACUUAAUAAGACUGUCGCUGAGAAAAAGCCAAAGAAACCCGCCGCCAAAAAGCCCGCAGCAAAGCCCAAGAAGGCCAAAACUCCCAAAAAGAAGCCGGCAGCGAAGAAGGCACCAAAGUCUCCCAAGAAAGCAGCAAAGAAACCCGCUGCCAAAAAGCCUGCUGCCAAGAAAGCUGCAAAACCCAAGCCUUCAAAGAAGCCAGCCGCCAAGAAACCUGCGAAGAAAGCCGCCGCCAAGAAGCCCGCUAAAAAGGCCGCCAAGAAGUAAAGUGUUGCCUACGCUUUACAACAAAACCAAACGGCUCUUGUACGAGCCACCCAAAUUUGCAAAAGUCGUGCCUCCUGCCGCUCAUUAGGUCAAAAUUAUGCGAGAUUUCUUACAAUAAAUUGAUAUAUACAUUGCAUUUUCAAACACAUCCCUGCCACUGGUUCUUUUUGAACUACGAAGCAACGCAUCAAAAUUGUCGUUUAAUAUUUUCUCAGGAGUGUAAGCCAUCAAACAGUCAAAUUGCAAGGAACCUUUCUGCACCGAAAUCCCUUGGUUAUCAGAUCUCCCCGGCCAACACUACUUUUCCACAGUAAUAUCGAAUAUUUUGGGUGGGUCUUUUGUGGCUAUCAACAAAAUGAUGGCUUUCAGAAAUCUGGGUUGAGAGUGUUAAAUUAUGCCAAAUUGUUGAUGUUAAAACUCCCAUAUUUUUUUGUUAUAAAAUAUUAUUUCACAGGGAAUCUACAAGUGGAUUAAUAUAUUCCAGUUACCUGCGGUGCUUGGAUGGUGAUCCCAGCAGUCGUGGUUUCAAACACGUGUUCAUAAUGACCAGCAAAUCUGGAUACAUCAGUCGAUGUUCCUGUGGAUUACAAACCCUCAAAUCCAGAAGUCGAAAGCUCAACCAAUACGUUACUUGCAGCUUCCAAUAAUUUGUGAAAUCUCGGGAAAAAAAUUCAGCAGCCAAAUGGACUUCUUUGUCAUUUAACAUUCUUAAAACAUGGCAAGCAUUGGAAUGGCUUCCAACAGUGCCACCUCUCUGCAAGGUGAACUAGGCUUUGCAAGAUUGCUGGAUGAAUAUACAAUUGAUAAAACUGCAACUUUAAUUGAAAUGAAACAGCUUUACUAAUUAGCUCCUUUUCCUUAUAAACACAUAUCUUUCAUUCAUAUCAAUAGCAAUCUGCUUGUCAAUUAUCUCAGAACUUUUUAUUAUUUGUAUUUAUCUCAUUUAUCUCUCUUUAAUUAUUUCAGAAUAUUAAUAUAUAUUAUUUAAAAUAAUAAUCAGUGCUGUAGCAGGCCUAGAAAAAUUACUGGGGCACAAUACAUGAACAUUAAGAAAAUAUUGGGGGCCCAGCCACACCCCUACUGGUUAUUUCCUUAUAUUUUUUAAAAUAUUGGGGGGAACGUGCCCCCAGAGCCCAACCCCCUGUUACGGCCCUGAUAAUAUAAUUAAUAUGGUUUUUUUGUAUAUUUAUACAAUUUUUACACUAAAUGCAUUAUUAAUUAAACAUACCACCCAUGUCAAAGCCAAUGACAGGUCUCCCCUGUGCUGCCCUCUGGUAUGUCGUCAUUGCAUACCCAACCUGAAUAAUGUAGAGUGCAUUGUCUAACACAGUGAGAACAAAUAGACGGUAGAAAAUAUUCUGAUAUUCUGGCAUAAAUACACAAAUGCAAUAUUGA